GGCCUCCAGCUUUAAGCAAGCCCCGCUAGCAGCCACGUCCCAGGGGAAGAAGGCGAGUCCCAAGCUGGAGCUCACGGAGGAGCAGAAGCAGGAGGUCCGGGAGGCUUUCGACCUGUUUGACGCAGAUGGCACUGGGAACAUCGAUGUUAAGGAGCUAAAAGUGGCCAUGAGAGCACUAGGGUUUGAACCUAAAAGAGAAGAGAUCAAGACCAUGAUAUCCGAUAUCAAUAAGGAAGGAACAGGAAAAAUUGGCUUCAAUCACUUCUUGGUAGUGAUGGCACAGAAAAUGGUAUGUACAUUUAAAAAUUCCAAAGAGGAGAUUCUCAAAGCUUUCAAACUCUUUGACGAUGAAACUAGCAAAAUUUGUUUCAAAAACCUCCAACGUGUUGCCAGAGACCUGGGGGAGAAGAUCACAGAUGAAGAGCUGCAG